AGAUAUUGAGUAUUCGAGCUCAAGCAUAUACUGCGAUUAGUAAAAAUAAUAAAACUUUAGUCGAUCUGACAAAAUUAUUAGGAAUUAAUCCUGAUAAUAAGAAAGCAUUAGAAUGUUUCGUUCUUGUGAAUAAUGAUGAAGAAAAUUCAUAUCAUAAAUUGAAGAAUUAUUUUGAUGGGAAGUUGUA